CUGCGGCGCUGCGCGCGCAGCUCCCUCGGGAAAACGAAAAAACGUUAACCACUGCUGUAUGUUUAUUUGUUGUCCUUUGUGUGAGUUACUUCGAUGCAGUAUUUCGACACCACUUUCACGCAGAUUAAUAUUUUUCACUGGUUUGCAACUUGUUUGGGAAAUCGGUUAGGGCGAGAAAAGAAAACUGUUGGAUGUCCGCCGAAAAAAGAGUGCACGCAUGGGCGGCUUUUCCGAAAGAGUUCGACGUUCGGACGCCAGAUGCCGCGAAGCGUCGGUCAAUCGGCGUGUUUUCUGUAAUUCUGUUUUACCUUUUACACUCGCGCCUACCUCAACGAUUGGUCGAAGCGACAGGCCAAUUUCAAUUGAUCGAUGGCCCGAGUAGCGUCGCGUCCAAUGAGCUGCUCGUAGUAUAGCUCCUGCUAUCACGCAGCCAGUCCAUGCGAUACGGAGUCGGACGCUGAUGCUAUAUGUAUAUAUAUUUCCUCAUACAUACAUACACACGCCACCACGCCAGAGGCGUAGGACUCGUAGGAGUCUUUCUGCACGUUAGAAUCGGAAUCGUGCAGCAGCAGCAGCAGCAGCAGCAGCAGCAGCCGCCGUCGUUGUCGCCGUCGUUUUUCUCGUGACCGUCGACCUUGACGGCCAAGAUGCUCCCGUCGGCGAUAAACAUCUCGUUUUCCAACGUCGUCAAGCCUACGGAUGGACUCGCCGGACACACCGCCACGCUUUUUCUCUUUCACGGAUCAGGAGGCAACGGCGAGGAUUUCAAGCAGUGGCUGGACAUUCUUAACAAGCAAGAGCUGUCCUUUCGACACAUAAAAAUAGUUUACCCGACUGCUCCAAUUCAGCCUUACACUCCGAAUGGACGAAUGCCCAGCAACGUGUGGUUUGACAGGAAAGCAAUUGCGAUAAGUGUUCCUGAGUGCAAGCACUCGAUCGACAUAAUAUGCAACAAAGCAUCAGAACUCAUCCACAGGGAGGUCGCACGUGGCAUACCCAUGAACAGGAUAGUGAUUGGAGGCUUUUCAAUGGGUGGAUGCUUGGCCAUGCAACUUGCCUACAGGUUCAAGAGGUCAUUGGCAGGCUGCGUGGCUAUGUCUUCAUUUUUGAACGACGAGUCCAACGUUUACAAGUCCCUCAAAUCGGAUAAUCCAGAUGACUUGCCUGAGCUGCUGCAAUUCCAUGGUGUCUCUGACAAUAUUGUUCCAUUGGAGUGGGGAAAGAGGACUUUCAGAACGCUAAAAGACUGUGGUGUGAAGGGAACAUUCGUUAAGUUGGAUGCAACCGAUCACGAGUUGGUUCAGUGUGAAUUGAAUUAUUUCAAAGACUGGUUGUUAAAAGUGUUGCCGGAAAAUUAUACCAAACCUCCCGAUCAGAGUGGAUUUUCCCUCGUGAAACGUUUGUGAAUCUCGAAAUUUCUCACUUGUUGACUUUUUAUACAUGUUUACAAUUUUCGAAGAAAUUUUUCCAAAUCAAAUUGUGUUCCCCGCUAAAUAAUCUGCGUAUGACGAAAACUUGUUGAAGAGUACGCAGGAAAUGUAUUUUUUUAAUUGGAGAGUAAAGGAAAAUUAAAAAACGGUUGUAUUCAAAAGACACACGCUCUUUGUUUCCGCUUGCAAUAGAAUUUUGUCCAAAAUGUUCAGCAAAUCAAAAACGUCGCGCAUCUGCAGUAUAUACUCGGAACUUGAUUCCACAUACUAGGCAAACGCGACAUGCUAGCACUUUCAUUUGAAUUCGUUUGAUUUAAAAGUCAAAUUCCGAGUAGAUUUAUCAUGCAUUUUAGAAAUGCCGUAGACACACGCGUAUACAUAUAUUAGAUAUGUAUAUGCAUAUACACUUUGUUCUUGAAUGUGAUAUACAGUAACGUAAGUGCAAAGCCAAAUUUUAUAUGGUAAUACUGUGAGGAAAUUAAUAAGCCUUUGCGAAUUCACGAAGACGACGACGACCUUGAACUAACAAAGUGCCCAUUAUGCGAAAAUAAAAGUCUCAUUAUACUGCGUCGUCUUUUAUAUCGCCGUAUUUUAUAUACAUAUACAAUUAAGUAGCGAUAACUAUUGUACGGACAAUUAUAGCCGUUAUAACUAAUACGCAUUUUUUUAUCAGCUAUCUUGUAAUUCAGUUAUAAAUAAAUAUAUAUAUAAAUAUA